AUGUAUUUUAACGUUAAAAAUGUAAUUGCAAUCCACAGUUGCAAGGGAGGUGUAGGGAAAUCUACAGUCUCUGUAUCUUUGGCAUUAUCAUUCGCUUCAAAAGGAAUCUCUGUAGGAAUUUGUGAUUUAGAUAUUUGUGGACCAAGUUUAGCACAAUUAUUUUCUCUUGAUAGAGGUUCCGUCAAGUGGAAUCAUACGAAAUCAAAUGGAUACAAUUCUGAUAUAAAACCAGUUAAUUUAACAUAUUCUGAUACUUCUGAUUUAAGUCAAAAUAAAAAUUUCAUGUUAUUAGAACCCAAAGAGGUACAAGGAAUUAAAAUAAUGUCAUCAGAAUUUCUACUUCCUUUAAAUUACAGCGGAUAUUCUGCAUAUAGAGGACCAAUUGUUGACCAAAUUUGCUAUGAAAUGGUAUAUAAAACCAAUUGGGAAGGGAUAGAAUAUCUAAUACUUGACCUUCCUCCAGGAACAAGUGAUGUUAUAAUCUCUCUAGUGGAAAAUAUACAUAUAUCAGGCUCGAUUCUUAUUACAACUCCAAAUGUAUUAAGUACCAACGACUUAAUAAAGGGGAUUAAAUUAUUCAGGGAUAUGGAGAUACCAAUUCUCUCAAUAGUAGAAAAUAUGUCAUAUUUCAUCUGCGAAUGUUCAAGCAAAAGGAAUAUAUUUGGUAAUUCAAAAGUCGAGUCUAUUUGCAAAGAAUUCAAAAUCGAACACUUUAUUAAAUUGCCAUUAAUGAGCUGGGAUCAGGAUGAAACAAUGUACAAAAUAACUUCCGAUCCUGUGCCAUCAUUGUUAAAUUUGGCACUUAUUUCUAAUUACCAUAAUUCCAAAAUCGUUGAAGAAUCAUUUUACAAACUUGUAGAUUAUUUGAUUCUAAAGUGUAGAUAUGAACAUGUAAAUAGGUUUGUCAUUUUUAAAUCAAUUACUUUUUAG